AUGUCUACUAAGCGCAGAGAUCCCCUACCGCGUCUCAGUAUCGUUCAAAAUCUCAAUAUGCAACAGCCUACAGGUGGUCCUGGCCAGGCUCUAUACUCCCCCGCCCUUCCGACGAGUAUACAACAGAGCUUCCACCCAGCUUUCCCCGUCUCAAAUCCACUCCAAACACCUAUGCAAUCCUUCUUUAAUGCAACUCCUGGCGCUCCUGCGCGUCCAGGCCAUCACGCCCACCACGCAAGCAUUCAACUAGCAGCAGCGGGCAUCCACCCUCCCAAUUACAUGACCCCUGUCGCCUCUCACUUUCCACGGCCCUCCAUUGCGUUGGCUCCUGGCGUCCAACCUCAAGCUUCUCCUCAUCCAUUCCCAAAUCGAAGUCGACGUCAGUUGAGUAUCGGUGGUCCUCCGAAGGCGGUUUUGGGUGGUCCUGCUCGUAAGGUCAGCCCACUUCCCGGUGCUCUCGGUCCAAGUAUCACCCCAGGAGCAACCCCAGCGCCUGUGAAGACGAAGAAGGUCAUCGUCAAUUUCCCGAAGGAAACGCCCGUUGGCGAAGAUGGCGAGCCUACGACGCGUCCUUCCUGGGCGCGGACGCCUUUACCCAAGGAAUCUGACAGUUCUGAACAAGUGCCAGUCAAGGCUGUCGAAAUUGCCACUGCGGAAUCUUAUCCACCAGAUGAAUGGAGGCACGAUUUACCUGAUGCAGUCGACGUCUAUCUUCCGGGCAAACGCGCGUGGGACGCUCUUAAAAUACAAACUAUCGAGGAAAAGUUGGAGAAACUUGGAGUAGAACGCGGUUCCGGAAGCACUGUCCCUCAGAUUCAUGCACCUCACGCCCGGGCUGCUUCGAUAUCUUCACCUGCAGAUCCAGCUCUUCUGUUGUUCAAGCUGAAUAAACUACAGCAAUCUCAGCAAACCAGUUCCGCGGGCAACUCUUUGUCAGUUUCGCCUCAGCCUCCAUUCGCCGCUCCAUUUGGGUUGUCGCCAUCACCUCGAGGGACAUCGCGUUUCCUAACAGGUCGCCACGGCCACACAAUGUCAUUAGCCCAACCUCCAUCGUAUCAAUCUUCCCUUUUCUCAUCACCUCCUUCACAAUACCAUAAUCCCCUCAGUUCUCAAGGUGUCUUGGGGUCCGAUUCCGCCGCUGAAAGCUCAGAUUCUCCAAUUGACGGCAUUUACGCGCCGCAAGGACGCGUACCAUUGGCUGCUCCCAGUUUCGCGCCACCGCCAUUAUCAGCAGUAGGUGGCGGGAGUCAUAUUGACUUCAUUCGUGGAUUCGGCUUGGACGCCCCUCAGGAAUCAGAGGAAGAGGCCGAAGAAAUGCAAGCUGAAGAGCGCAACGAAGAGAGUGAAAAGGAAGAGCUUGAUGCGAAGCUCAAUGACAACUUGGAAGUGGAGAAUAACUCUGAUGGUGAACUUGAGGAAUAUGACGACGGGAUGACGACUGUGCCACAGAGUCGACUGCACUCUCGACAUGUGUCAAGACUAUCCGCGGCCCUUUCUCUUCGCUCAGUGGGUGGCAACUUCAUUGGGCAAUUCCAAAAUGGAGAAGAAAAUGAACAACGAGAGAAUAACGAAGAUGAUGCUGAUGACGAGGACGAUAACGAAGCUGAAAAGGAGAACGAGCCCCCGCAACAGAGAGAGCUCCAACAGUUGGACGUUGAUCCUGUCGAGGAAUGGACUGGUUCAGAGGAUCAAUAUCUUGGUGUGGAGACGUCUGAUGAUGAGAGCAUCGGUGAAUGGUCGAAUCCUUCGGAUGAGGAAAGGGCUCGUCAACAACGGAAUGAGCGCCGCAUGCGUCGUAGAGCUGCUCAACAGCAACAAAUCGACCAACCUCGUCGCAUUCCAAACUUCCCUCGUCCACCGGAAACUACGCUUGGGUUCAUUUCGCAGCGAGAGGAUGAUAUCAUCUCAAAUCCCAGCGAAGAGAACUAUGCUAUGGGAAGACAGGCAGAAUUUGUUGGGGUUACUACCGAGUUAUAUCAACCAGAACACCCGAAUGCACUGGCAUCAUCCCUUGCUCUACCCCAUUCUCGUGUAACAUCUGGUCAAUAUUCUAUGCACGAUCCUGCUAUGGCUCAUUCACGCAGUGCUUCUGGUGCAAGUGGAUUCCCAGAACCUUCAUUCCAUCAUCAAUCAAAUCUAUCAGCGGGCAGGCGAGAGUCUCUCAAUCCACUCGCUAAACCGUUCGUAUUUGGUGCUCGUGGUGAUUCAGGUUCAUGGCAGCCAUUUAGCGGAAACUCGACACCUCCUACCCAAAUGCCGACAGCCUCUACCACUCAUACACGUUUACCAUCCAUUGGCAAGCCUCUUAAUGUCGCAGCCGUUGAAUUCAAGCCUGGCGCGUUCAAUUUCCGACUUGCUAACGCGCCCCAGAUGCCAGUGCCUGAGCGGUCGAUACCUCUUCCCUUGCCACAGCCAGCUCAGCCACUGGAAACUAUUACUUCGGUGGAGUCGACGCCUUUCAAGGUGCAGGGUAGAGAGAAGAGGCAACGUCGCGAUGGAUCGAGUUCUUCGAUCAUCGACGAAGGAGAUAGCUUUGCCUCGUUCAAGUUCCCAAUGAAAAUUGAGACUUCCUCGCCUCAGGCCUUGCGUCGUCGCCGGUCAGGAUCCUCCCUAUCUGGACAAGCACCCCAUGAAUCCGACCCGGCUUCCCAACCGUUUACAUUUGCUGGAUUCUCAGCUGUGGCUAAUAACAUGCCUCGUAUGACAGGAGAGGUAGCGGAAAAUGACGCAGAAGAAGCUGCCGCCAGUGAACAAAAUGAAGACGAAGAGAACGCCAACGAGUCAGGCACUGCUCUUGCCAACGAUAGUCAUGAGCAGGAGAUCGUUAUUCCGGCCCUACCCAAACAAAAACGGGCGCCAAUUCCUUUGGACUUCAAGCACCCAGUGUCAGGUAAUACCGUCCCAGCUGGAUUGUUCAAGGCGCUGGUCAACAAUGACGAUCGUACAAGGAAGAGUGUGCGUUCGCGUAUGAGCUCCCGAGACAUUUUCGAACAUAUGCAUCGGCCGUCGAUGGACGAUGAUGAUGUUGCGUUGAUUGCUCUCAAAGGUCCUCGUAGUCGUCUCGUUACCGACCCUGGCGAUAGACCAAGUCCUCCGUCGGAUGAUGUGUUUGGAUCGGUUCGACAUACCCGUAGGCGGUCGUCGCUUCCUGACGCCUUGCACGACACCAAGGUGUCGACGUCUCCGUCAGUUAUGUCUGGUGUUGCUCAGGACCUAUCUAUGCGCAUGGAGCUGCAUCACAUUGAAGAUAUUCUCAGUCACCUUCUGGAUCAUAAAUUCGCGGAUUUGCGCCAUCAUUUGACCCGCAAAUUGCUCACUGCCAGCGAAACCAACUCGGCUGCUACAGAGACAAAGGUCAACGAGGUUAUCUCCAUUUUCCGUGCUCAGCUGCAAGAGUCGGCUGCCCGCACUUUAGAAAACAGCCAGAUGGAUGCUCGAGGAGAGUUGGACUUCCAAAUGAUCAAGGAAGUUUUGGAAGAAAGCCAACAGCAGCUCCUUGAAGCCUUGCAACGAGAAGUUCGUCGGGAUCCUCAGCACGCAGCUUCCUUUACUGGAAACGUGCCUCAGGAUCUGUUGUCUGCAAUUGAGCAGCUCGGUGGCAGAACUAUUAAUGCCGUUGUUGAAGCUAUUUCAGAACUUUCCGCUCGACAGGAAGCCGUGGCUCUCAAUGCCUCUGCUCGCGAACACGAUCUCAUCGUUGAUAAGCUCGUCAGCGUUCUAUCUCCCAUGCUCCACUCUCUCCAGAACGAUCCCAUUGACUACGAUUUCCUGACGAAUCAGCUUGCACAGGCCGUCAAGCCACAUAUUUCGCAGCUCAUCGACCUCGCGUCAGAUAAACGCGAGACGGCUGGACUUAUUGUCGAUAAGAUUCUGCCUCAUAUUCCUUCGGCGAGCGAUAUGACGGUCGAUACGGAUGCUAUUACAAUGAAGCUUAUUGCUGAGGUUCGACGCGCGAUCGCACCUAUUGACGCGUUCGAGAUCAAGGAGCAGGUCGCAGAUCUGGUGGUUGAGCGUCUGGACUCGCGCCUUGCGGUGCGCGACAAGACGUUCAAUGUUGAUAGCGUAACGGCUAGGGUUACUGAGAGCGUCUCGCAGCUCUUGGAGUCGCUCAAUACUGUGCCUAGUGUUGUUGAGAAGCUGGCUGCCGGUCAAAAGGUUGUCGAGGAGAAGCAAGCAUCCUUUGCUACCUCUCAGUCCGAGAUCAUUGCCUCACUUGCAGAGCUUCCUGAGCGUGUUGGUACCCAACUCCAGGAUCUCAAAGCUCUCCAACAGGACAUUUUCAAGAAGGUCGAUCAGCCGCCUGCUCCUGUCGUUCAAACCGAUGAGAAUGUUCUCGUUGUCAAAAGUCUCGUGGAAGGCCUUACUCAAGACCAGAAGAAGUUGGCAGAACAGACUGAAGCUGCCGCGUCGCAGAACAAGGUUCUCUUGGAUAAACUCGACACUUUGCCCCAAGAAUUCAAAGGAGCUGUAGAAACCCUUCAGAGCGCAUUAUCCGAUCUCAUUACGUCGCAGGAUAGCACCAAACGUGAAUUAGAAGAUGUUCGCAAAUUAAACGCGGAGUAUCAAGUUCAAGUUACCAAGGCCCGAAGCUCGUAUGGCCAAGCUCGUGUCGAGAAGGAUGUACUCGGAGAGAAGCUCACUAUUGUUGAAAGUGAGCGUGAUCGCCUUCGAGCGAAGGUUCAGGAACUUGAGGAUACUGCUGCUUCCAAGACCAAGGAAACGAGCACUUUGCAGGCUCGCAACGCGGAGUUGGAAGAAGCUCUUGCGAAAGCUCUUGCUCGACUCCAGUCUGCUGACGUCGUAGCCGAAACGAAUCAACGUAACAUUGCCGAAUUGGAGAAGGCUAAUAAAGAACUCAGUACCGAGAACCAAAAUAUCUCGUCUAAGGCGGAUUCUCUGGAGUUGGGUAUUGAGUUUGCCAAGAAAGAAACGGAGAAUGUUACAAAGGCCCUGGAAAGUCUUCAACGCCAGCAUACUCAGUUGUUGUCUCAACAAAACAACUGGGAUGCUCUCAGUGCCGCGACGGAGAAGAUUAACAUGGUCUUCAACCUGCUUGAAAAUGCCGACAGUGAAGAACAGAAGGAGCUGAGGCAUUAUCGCGAUCAGAGCAAGGUAUUGGAAGAUGAAAACAUGGCGCUGCAGAAGCGUUUCAAGGACCUCGAAACAAAACUUGCCAACAAUGAUCGAACUUUGACCGCAACAAGGCAGUCACUCACUCAAGCUCAGCAGCGGUCAUCUGAAUGGGAACGCCGAGCCAAGGAAUGUGAGGGUGAACUCGAAAUGGUGCGAACCAAGUUCGAGCAAUCGGAACAAACACAAUCUCAACUGGAAGCCGAUUAUCAACUGGUCAAGAUGCAACUUGAAGAGCAAGAAGCAGAAGGCCGGUUGCGGGUGGAUCGUGAAAAUAAGCUCAGAGAUCAGGUCUCUGCUUUGGAAUCAAAAUGUGUUCUUCUCCAGGGAGAACUCGAGAAGGCAAGAACAGCAGCAAGAUCUGCUCCUGCUGCGCCAUUCCGACCUCAGACCAAUGGUAACACACACCCUCCUCCUCGUCCUGAUUCUCGAGCUAGCACUAUCUACGAUGGCCGCGGAGAAACGGCCAGUCGUCGAGUCGUCUCGUAUGCUGGUGGUCGUAGCAGUUUGGCGUCGAGCCAAAACGGUCCUUCCGAACCAUCUGUUUGGGAUUCAAUGCACGCACCUACAAACACAAACAACCAGACUAAAUGGAGUACACCCCCAAUGCAUACGCCCUCAAGUCGGUUUGCCAGUCUCGCGCCAUCAACGCCGAAAGCCUUCCCUUCAAGAUUUAGCAGCCAGUAUGCUCGUGCCCCGUCACCGACGCCCAGCACCGUUUCUGCGGCACCUACACAAGGGGACGACGGCUGGUGGACAUAA